GGUCUGUACGAGGAGUGCCAGUACCUGUUCCAGCCCCAGCUCAUCGUGCAGCGCCUCGUGGGGAUCGCCGUGCUGUACCCCGGCUACGUCAGCACCCAGACCAUCACGCCCCACAACCGCUCUAGCCUCUACAAGGUCUUUGUGCCCAGCCACACGUCGCGGGUGCUGGUGCAGGUGCUGGGCUGCCGGGCCGGGAACCGCAGCGCUGCGGGCUGCCCGCUCUGGCUGACGGUGCGAGCCAAGGCCCCCCCGCUGCACAACUCCAGCGCGCUGGACUGCCGGGAGCGGGCGCCCUGCCAGCUGGCCCUGGAGCUGCCCCUCUGGCAGCACUGGUACUACGUGCUGCUGGAGCAGGCCCUGGGCGUGCCGGGCCCCGUCCACUUCCAGCUCACCGUGCAGCUCACAGACUGCUCCAGGCCCGGCCUCUCACGGGCACCUGUCCUGCUCCCCGCUGCUGCCAUGAACAUGCCCCAGUCCUUCGGUGCCUUGGUCAGCCUGUCGCUGGGGGAGAGCGCGCCCCCCACGGCGCCGAACGGCACCCAGCCGCCGCCAGCCGUGCCACCCCCCGGCGAGCGCUGCUGGCCCAUCCGGCCCACGCUGCGCAACGAGCUCGACACCUUCUCUGUCCACUUCUACAUCUUCUUCGGGCCCAACGUCUCGGUGCCGCCCGACCGGCCCGCGGUCUUCGGCAUCAGCCUGCUGCCGGUGCUGGACAGCGGGGGGGUGCUCAACCUGGAGCUCAAACUCAAUGUGUCGUCCCUGCGGGGGGAGAACGUGACGGUCUUUGGGUGUCUGACCCACGAGGUCCCGCUGAUGGCAGGAGACAACGCAUCUAUCACCUGUGAGACAGGGUCCCUGACUGGAUUCCUGCUGUCUGUCAACGGCACGGCCAGCCUGGCCCGCUUACGGAUCCCCUACCCCCAGACGGGCAGCUGGUACCUGAGCCUGCGCUCGCUCUGCGCCACGGAGCACGGGUAA